AUGCAGCUGGAGCCAGCCUCGCAUAGCUACGCUGAUGUCGGCGGCGGCCGCGUUGAGUUCUUGCUGUGGGCAUCGCGAUGCGGCGAUAAAAAAGCGAACGACGCGAAGCCCCGCCUGCGAUCGCCGUCGCACGCUACCGCUGCCAUGCCACGCCUCAUGGCGAACGGCCAGCAUUUCGACGGUGUCGAGUCGCAACCGCUCGACUUGAGUAAGCGAGACUCAAGCCCGUCAGCCAGUACCAGUACCAAUACACAACAGCAGUUUUUGCCUGUAUUCUCAUCGACUGAUGACUAUUACACGGCGAAACUGACGAACAUCGUGGAGGUCCAUACUGAAUCGAAUUCACUAUUGAAAUCGUCCACUAUAUCACAAACUCAUUCGCCAAAAUCUCAAAAAGGCAACUAUUUCCUUAUUGAUUCGCUGCUAACGCCAGCCCAUUCAUCGGAUCUGCCACUGGACUCCACGUGUAAGGGAGUCGAGAGAGCACCAGUGUUUUUGGGGUGUUCGUUGGCAGCGUCGUUUAAAAAUCCAACCGUCACUUUCGAUAUUCCGAAGCGUAGCAGAAUCGAGCCGGAGCGCGAAGUCGCUCGGGCGCCGGCGCCAGCCGUGCUCAGUCCUCAUCGUACCAACGGUCAGGAAACGUUGAACGCUUCGAGCUCAAUGAAGAAGUUGAAACGUGAGCCGGACGAGACCACCAGCGCCACGAUGACGCCACCACCUAACAUCUGCGUCGAUGACGAGAUGUAUGUGUGA